CCAAGUUUGAUCAAAAUCAGAACAGGCUUUAACAUUCAUCCAAUCAAAAACAGGACCACCUCCAAAAUGCGUUCCUCCGGCGGCAUUGAAAGUCACUUGUAAUAAGCGGACCUGGCAACAUCGGCGCCUCAGCAGCAGGCAGAGGACGGUGACGUCCCCCACCUCAGAGGACUGAUCACGGGUCAGUUUUAUAAUGUCCCCAACGAAGGCCGAGGGUUUGCAAAGGGCAAAGAAAGCUGGUCUCCGGUCAGUUGAUCUCAAUGGGUAUAGGCUACGCAUUUUGUACACCACGUAAAGGAUAAACACGCUCUUGCUAGGACACAAGGAGUUGCUGUAUAGACGCGAUAGAAAUGGUCCCCAAGUUGAAAGCAGCAUACAUUUUUUAACUUUUUCAAGUGUUUGGGGGCACUUUAAUCGAGCCGUUGCGGACGCGGUGUGCGGGUUUUGAGGGCGCUUCUUUGAUGCUAAGCUAGCCGCGCGGACCAGACGACGCGUCCGUCAUAAUCCGCAUUGUGAUUGUCAAACGUCUCGCUCUGGGAUCGGCUAUGCACGGGAACACGACGCGGGGUCUGCUCUGGUCGGACGUGGAGACGAGGACCUUGCUGAACAUCUGGGGGGAGCAGGACAUCCAGACGGCGUUGGAUGGAAACUUCCGAAACAGCUUCGUGUACCUGGACGUGGCGCGGAGGCUGGCGGCGAUGGGCUUCGACCGGACGCCGGAGCAGUGCAGGGUGCGGAUCAAAAGCCUCAAGAGACAGUUCCUCUUAGCCAAGGAGGGCAACCUGCGCAACAACGGCCAGUACCACAAGAUCUGCAAGUUCUACGACAUCAUGGAGCGAAUCCUCAGCAACCGAGCCGUGAUUGACCCCCAGGAGCUGAUGGACGGCGGGAUGGUGGGGGAGGAGGCCGCGGACGGGCUGGAGGAGGACGGAGAUGAUGGACAGGACGCUUACUCCGAGAGCACAGAGUGUCCUUAUCCCGCAGAGACUGAGGUCAAGAUGGAAUAUCCCUCUGUGCCCAUUUCGAUGCCGGUUAAAGUCCCAAUGGGCAACAACAGUGCUUCAGUCAGACCACAGAACAGCAGCCAGGCAGUCGGUAGUUUUUCAACCAUCAGACCCAAACGUGCACGGAAGCGGCGUGCAAACUUCCCCAUGGAGAAGCUAAUGGAGCAGUUCCUGGAGCAGAGUGCUCAGGCUGAGGACAACUUCUACCGCAUGGAGGUGCAGCGCCUACAGACGGAAGACCGCCGCAGGGAGGCCGAGCACGCCAGGGAGCUGCACAUGCUCCAGAUGCUCGGGCAGAUGUUCUCCAGCAUCUCCUCGGCCAGAUCCCCCUCCGUAGCUGCUCCCUCUAAGGCCGGCCCACCUUCCCGCGGGCCUGUGUCCUCCGGCACCUCACCCACGUGCACACGUGGCCAGUCCAGUCAUCUGCGACGCCCUUCACCCCAAGCAGACAGUUUCACUCAGCAGAGUCAGCUGUUGAACCCAGAUCCUCAGGCUUUAGUGUUUGACCGCUAUUACAGCUUGGGGUCUUCGUCGCACCGAGUCAUGGAAAGUGAGAUCCUGUCUGUGGUAAGGAGCGCCGUUCCUCCGCUCACAUCCAAAAAGCACAAAGGACAAGACGGACGGAUUGGUAUCAUUGGAGGUUGUCAAGACUACACCGGAGCGCCGUACUUCGCUGCCAUUUCUGCACUCAAAGUGGGCGCCGACUUGUCUCACGUGUUCUGCACAAAGGAUGCUGCAACUGUAAUCAAAUCAUACAGCCCCGAGCUGAUCGUCCAUCCUGUUCUGGACAGUCCGAAUGCGGUGGAGGAGAUUGAGAAAUGGCUUCCCAGACUGCACAGCCUGGUGGUGGGACCUGGACUGGGGAGGGAAGACUUGUUACUGAAAACAGCCAAGGAUGUGAUCGAGAAAUCUAAAGCCAGAGAUAUUCCGGUCGUCAUCGAUGCAGACGGAUUGUGGCUCAUCACUCAGCAGCCGUCCGUUAUUCACGGCUACCAGAAGGGAAUCCUGACACCCAAUUUCAUGGAGUUCACUCGACUGUUUGAGGCCCUGCACCGCGAGCCAGUGGACAGCAGCGACUACCAACACAGCGCCAUGCAGCUCAGCGUCGCUAUGGGCAACGUCACUGUGGUGCUAAAAGGAGAACAGGAUGUCAUUACAGACGGCAGUCAAGUGAUCGCGUGUAGCACUGAAGGCAGCGGCAGACGAUGUGGUGGACAGGGUGACCUUCUGUCUGGGGCUAUGGGGGUGUUGGCACAUUGGGCCUACGCUGCAUCUGCAGACGGAAUACUCAGAAGUGUGAAUCCAUCGAUGGUGGCAGCUUUUGGGGCUUGUGCUCUUACAAGACAGUGCAACAGUCAAGCCUUCCAGCGACACGGCAGGUCCACCACCACCACAGACAUGAUCCAGGAGAUCAGCUCAGCCUUCAAAAAGCUCUUCGACAGCUGAAAACUGCCACAGGAAACCAGAACCUCUCUUUAUAUAAACCAGUAUUUACUCAGUUUUGCAAAAAAAAAAAAAAAAAAAUCUGUUGAUAUAAACACUAACUUUCACACAGGGACUCAAACAGUGUUUUUGCAAGUGUUUGGAUGGGCUCGAAGACACUAAAUGUUCUUAGAAGGCUGAGUCUGGAUGGAGGUGAAGAGAAAUGUGUGUGCUGUCCCAUCAAAAACACUCAGAACCCGGAGAAAACUGUUGUACCGUAUUUACAAGGACACACUGAUGUGCUGUUUGAAUUGAACGACAUGAACCCUUUAAUAAAAACGAGUAGCGGUCUUCCACGUCUCGAGUAAAGCCGUAUUUAUAAAAACAGUGUUCAGAGCCUGCAGAGACUCAGACAGGAAUUUACUGAACCAGAAACCCAAAUGAGUUUUAAAAUUAAAAAAUGAAAG